AUGGCUGGGUCUCGUUUGUGGGGGCGAAAAGUGCCUAUGAUUAAGAGGGCUGAAGACUCUCCAACAGGUCAAUCCAUUUCUAGACAAUUUUAUGAGAACAUAUUUUCCGUAUUCGCAAAUGUCUGCAGGCACCUUUGCAUGGUUAGUCGACAAAUGAUGCCUUUCGCUAGCCUCUGCGCCAGAACCUCAGAAGAGAGUAACAGUUCGGUUUACGUAACAAAGAGCGAAUAUAGUAAAUACUGUUGCCACACCUUGCGCAACUAUAACUGCUGUAAUGGGGGAGACUAUCGAUAUACACUCAAAGAACCUCGGGAAACACCAGUGGCAGCUAUAGCUGGUGGUACCGUGGGAGGGGUCGUUGGUGUUGCCAUUCUGUUAGGCCUCGGCUGGUGGUUCCGGAGGAGGAGGAGGGCAGCGAGGAAGACCGUCGAGAAACCUGCCGGCGAUGAGAAGUCUCCUAAAACAGACCAGGUCAUUGACCCUUCGCUGACAGAAGCUGAUGCUGGACCUGAUAUUGUACUGGUCGAGUCAGAUGCGGGACCUACACAGGUAAGGACUUUCCACGAGCUGGCAGCCUAG